AUGAACUACGCAUCAUCGUCCGCACCCCGGCUGCUAGUACGCAAUCUUUCGAGGAAGUCUGUGCGUACCAGAGCCUUUUCACGUAUCCCGAGAUGUCGAGCAGCAGCAGCAGCAGCAGCAGCAGAGGCAGCAGCAGAGGCGUCGGCUGAACCGCACGACAUCGUCGUCAUCGGAGGAGGGCCAGCCGGCUGCACACUGGCAGCUGCACUGGGUGAGAGGACCGCAUGCAAUCAGGCAAAUCGAGCACAGCUAAUCUUGGACUGAUCUCUCCGGCACAGCUUCGAACGCGGCCAUCUCGUCGACGCACAAGGUCACCCUGCUCGAAGCCUCGUCGAUGGCCAAGCUCGCCGAGUGGGCACCCAAUCCAGACGAGUACAGCAACCGCGUCAGCUCCAUCACCGCAGAGAAUGUGGCAUUCCUGUCAGGUGAGACCAGAUACGAUCUGCGCACGCACAUGGCGAAUGAAUUUUGACCGAAUCGUCCACUUGAUGACGGUGCAGACAUCGGAGUCUGGGGUCAUCUCGAUGCGACAAGAGCAAGAGGGAUUGAGGAAAUGCAGGUCUGGGAUGGACUAUCCGACGCUCGCAUCACCUUCAACUCGCCCACACUCGAUCGCCAUGACCCCUUCUCUCCCCACUCCACAGCGCCCAUCGCCUCGACCUCGUGCCGAAGUCCGAACAUCGCUCCGAUGGCGACCCUCAUCGAGAACCUCAAUCUGCAACGAGCGUGCAUGCGCGCACUCGAGGGCGCAAAGAACCUUGAUCUCGUCGACAACAAAAAGGUGUUGAGCAUCACUUCUGAUGCUUCCGGGUGGCCCAUCAUCGAGAUCGGCAGUGGUGUCGAGGGCGAGACAACGAGGAAACUCCGAGCAAGGUUAUUGGUACGCUCUCUUCAUGCCUCCGUGCUAUCCGCGCAACGCCGAGCCACCCACUUACCCUUCCAUUUUUCCCGUAUCCCAGAUUGGCGCCGACGGAUUCAACAGUCCUGUCAAGGCCUACUCUCACAUCGAGUCCUUCGGCUGGGCUUACAACAACCAAGGCCUCGUCGCCUCGCUGCGCAUCUCCCCCGCCGAGAUGGGUAUUGGCAUGACCACCGCAUGGCAACGCUUUCUGCCCGAAGGUCCCAUUGCAUUCCUUCCGGUACGUAUGGGAUUGAGAGAAAGCGUGCGCCAAUGAAUGGGGCUGCGUGGCUGACAUCGGAUCGCUGUGUGGUCCCGCAGCUCUCCGACACGGCCUCUUCGCUCGUCUGGUCGACCACACCUGAGCUAGCCAAGGCGAUCAGGCAACUCCCACUCGACCUCAUGACCCGACUCGUCAACGCAGCCUUCACGCUACCUUACGCAUCCCUCUCGUCCUUCCUCUCCCUCCUGACAUCCGCGAACCGACCAACCGAUACCGAGCUCUCGGAUUCACUCGAAGCGCUCGUCGCACCCCUUCAAGCCGCCUCGGUAUACGAAGUCGAUUCAAUCCCGGACGAAUCGCCACCCAAGAUCGAAUCUAUCCAACCUGGAUCGGUCACCGUCUUCCCUCUCCGAUUAUCACAUGCCGAUUUGUACUUGGGCAUGCCACACGGGGGGAGGGAUUUGCGAACGGCUUUGGUCGGGGAUGCGGCGCAUACGAUUCAUCCGCUCGCGGGGCAGGGUUUGAAUAUGGGCUUGGGUGAUAUUCAGAGUUUGCUCAAGACGUUGGAAACGACGGUGCAGAAUGGGGGGGAUGUCGGUCAGUUUUCUGCUGCGCAGUGCCUGGUUUGUGGUCCCCGAACUCGCGAUCUGAGAAUACGUCCAAUGUUGA